AUCGUUGGCUCCCACAAACUCACUUCACCUGUUUCGUGCAAAAACAAUUCCUGUUGUCUCUCCACAGUCCCUCCCUCACAUUCUCUCUCUAGCUUUUUAGAGAGAGAGAGAGAAGAAGAAGAAGACAUGGAGAUCAAGAAGAGGUUUGGGGUGUUGAUGUGUGCAGAGGAUUCGGAGUACGUGAAAAAAGUGUACGGAGGGUAUUCUGGGGUUUUCGUGAGAAUGCUGGCGGAGGAGGGAGAGACAUGGGACGUGUACAAGGUGGCGCGUGGGGAGUUUCCUGACGAAGAUGAUUUGGGUCUCUAUGAUGGGUUUGUGAUCACUGGCAGCUGCAGUGACGCACAUGGCAACGACACAUGGGUCAGUGAUCUUCUCAACUUGCUUCGCAAACUCGAUUCCAUCAACACCAAGAUCCUCGGCAUUUGCUUUGGCCACCAGAUACUUGGGCGUGCAUUGGGAGGGAAGGUGACUCGUUCUACUACUGGAUGGGAUCUUGGUGUCAGAACCAUAACAUUGUCACCAUCUUUGCGAUUUGCUUUGUCUUCUCUUGAUCUUCCAUCAAGACUUUCCAUUAUCGAAUGCCACAGGGAUGAGAUCCGAGAGCUACCAGCCAAGGCAGAGGUUAUUGCUUGGUCGGAUAAGACUGGAAUUGAAAUGUUCAGGUAUGGAGAUCACAUUAUGGGAAUCCAAGGUCACCCUGAGUACUCCAAAGACAUUCUUUUGCACCUUAUUGACCGUCUCAUUCAACGCAAUUACAUCAUAGAUGCUUUUGGUAAACAAGCAAGGGAGAGGGCUGCGUUGUGGGAGCCAGAUAGGGAGGCUUGGAAGAAACUCUGUGUCACUUUUUUGAAGGGUAGAUUGUGACAUAAAAAUGGCAUUGAAAAGAGGAAUUUCAGUUCUGUAAAGAAGCGAUAAUAUUUAAAAGUAGUCGUAUGGGAGGGGUCUAUGCAUAGAAGUUAUAGGUUGGUAGCACUAAUGUGGUGUGUUAAUUAGUUGGCUUUGUUAGGUUGCCAGCCAUUAAUGUUGAUAGGUGCUUUCUAUGUAAGCUCAACUAUAUCAAUGGUCAAAUAAUUAGAGCAAUAAAAAGUUUCAGUGUUCUCCCGUUUAAUUGAA